AUACACCUAAAGCAGCUCCUUCCAUGUCAAAGUGCAGCGGCCCAGCUGGUGAGUUACUGAUUGACUGAACUGGCUAAAGUUUCAGUUUAGUGUUCUGGCUGCUGCACCAGUCGAGAGCGAGAGCUUUUGUUCAUCGCUUAAGAGAGGGAGUGCGCUGUGCAGAGAUGGCCAUGGUGUGCCUCACAGACUUUGAGGAGUACGCUAAGGAGCAUCUUUCCAAGGCCACCUGGGAUUAUUAUGCCGCCGGAGCAGACGAGUGCUGCACCAGAGAUGACAACCUGCUGGCAUUCAAAAGGAUCCGACUGAGGCCUCGGAUCCUGCGGGACGUAUCGGCGAGUGACACACGCACCACCGUGCUGGGGACAGAAAUCAGCUUUCCUGUUGGGAUUGCUCCCACAGCGUUUCACUGCCUGGCUUGGCAUGAAGGGGAGGUGGCGACAGCUCGAGCUACAGAGUCUCUGGACACCUGCUACAUCACCAGCACAUACUCUACCUGCUCGGUGGAGGAGAUUGUUGCUGCUGCUCCAAAUGGGUACCGCUGGUUCCAGCUGUACGUGUACCGGGACAGGAAGCUGUCGGAGCAGCUGGUGCACAGAGUUGAGGCGCUGGGCUACAAGGCCCUGGUCCUCACCGUUGACGUCCCCUACACAGGAAAGCGCAGAAACGACAUCCGCAAUCAGUUCAGGCUGCCGCCACAUCUCAAGGUCAAGAACUUUGAAGGGAUGUUCCAGCAGGAGACGCGUGUCGCAGAGGAGUAUGGGAUACCGGCUAACACCUUGGACCCCUCUAUCAGCUGGAAGGAUGUCUACUGGCUGCAGUCUAUCUCCCGCCUCCCCGUCAUCAUCAAGGGCAUCCUGACCAAGGAGGAUGCUGAGCUGGCUGUGGAGCACGGUGUCCAGGGUAUCAUCGUGUCCAACCAUGGAGGGAGACAGCUGGAUGGAGGCCCAGCCUCGAUCGACGCCCUGACAGAGAUCGUGGACACAGUGCAGGGCAGGAUCGAGAUCUAUUUGGACGGGGGGAUCAGGACAGGAAGUGAUGUACUGAAGGCACUGGCCUUGGGGGCCAAGUGUGUGUUUAUUGGUCGCCCUGCAGUCUGGGGCCUUGCAUACAAGGGGGAGGAGGGCGUGAGGGAGGUUCUCCAGAUCCUGAACGAUGAGUUCCGUCUGUCCAUGGCUUUAUCAGGUUGCAGGAGCGUAGCUGAAAUCAACAGGAACCUCAUUCAGUGCUCCAAACUCUGAUGUGCCAGCAGGGGGCAGCACUGAGAAAAUUGACAGAAGUAAACUGUUAAUGUUGGAGUAGAUUCUGAAAUGUCAUCAUGAAAAUAAAAACAAAUCACCUCAGAA